UCGAUCCGAUAUAUCUUGUAUGAGAAUUUAUCUUUUCGAGACAAAAAGCGCGCUUUUUCUCACAACGCUCGACAUAUACUUACACAUAUAUAUUACUAUUUGAAAAAAAAUGGCAAGACGUAGAAUUGAAGAAAACGGAUUUUUUCCCUAUAUUUUUAGUUUUUGAUGAAAUUAAUGACGUUUUAUUGGCGCGGAGCUUCAAUUUUCAUCUGUCAUUUUCACGCAAGAUAACGCGAUAUUGGUAGCUCCGUCUAGCUGUCACCAGCUAUCACUGUCACAAUACAAACAUGGCGACAAUGAUGUCCAUUUAAAGAGCAGCGACGCGUUUUUACUCCACUUUUGCUACGACGAAAUAUUAUCGUUUUAUUAUCGGCGAUAACGAAGGUGCAUCAUGGGCAAUGCCGACACAAAGUUGAAUUUCCGAAAGGCAGUGGUGCAAUUAACGUCGAAGACUCAGGUGAUUGAUUCAUCAGACGAUACUUUCUGGGAUCAGUUUUGGUCUGAGAAUGUAACUAAUGUUCAAGAUAUCUUCACUCUGAUCCCAGCUCCGGAAAUUCGUAUCUUAAGAGAAGAGGCACCUUCUAAUUUGGCCACAUUAUGUUACAAAGCAGUUGAAAAAUUAGUUAAGGCAGUGGACAGUAGUUGUAGGACUCAACGGGAACAUCAAACUGUCUUGAACUGCUGCCGCUUGCUCACACGUUUAUUACCUUAUAUAUUUGAAGAUCCUGAUUGGAAAGGCUUUUUUUGGUCCAGUUUACCUGGCAAAGAUGAUGAGGAGAGUUUGCCACUGGCGCAUUCUCUGUUGAAUGCUAUUUGCGAUUUGUUGUUCUGUCCUGAUUUUACAGUAGCUGCAAAUAGGAAAUCAGGCCCGGAUAAAGUCGACGAAUUGCAAUCAAUAGAUAGCUGUGAAUACAUAUGGGAAGCGGGAGUGGGUUUCGCGUAUUCACCACCGAGGUAUCCCAUUCUCGACUCAAAUCGCACAGAAUUGUUGAAACUUUUAUUAACAUGCUUCAGCGAAACCAUGUACAAUCCGCCGAUGGAUCCAUCGAUCACACCGAAUAAAUGGAUUCAACAUUUGACUAGCAGUGAAAACAGACACGCAUUGCCGAUGUUUACCUCGCUGUUAAAUACGGUAUGUGCGUAUGAUCCUGUUGGUUAUGGGGUACCGUACAACCAUUUGUUGUUCGCCGAUUCCUUAGAACCGCUGGUCGAUGUUGCGCUGCAAAUUUUAAUUGUAACAUUGGAUCAUGAUACCACUGGCGGAGCGCCAUUGGAUGAGGGGGCAGUCGGAGACAAUUUGUUCAUCAAUUAUUUGAGUCGAAUUCAUCGUGAUGAAGAUUUCCAAUUUGUCUUAAAGGGUAUUACCAGACUAUUGAACAAUCCACUGAUGCAAACGUAUCUGCCAAACUCGACCAAGAAAGUGCAUUUUCACCAGGAACUAUUGGUUUUUUUUUGGAAGAUGUGUGAUUAUAACAAGAAGUUCUUAUAUUAUGUAUUAAAGAGUUCGGAUGUCCUCGAAGUUCUCGUGCCGAUUCUUUAUCAUUUAAACGAUUCACGAGCCGACCAAUCACGAGUUGGUUUGAUGCAUAUUGGUGUAUUUAUUUUGCUUCUUUUGAGUGGAGAACGCAAUUUUGGAGUGAGGUUGAAUAAACCGUACACAGCUACAGUGCCUAUGGACAUUCCGGUUUUUACAGGAACGCACGCCGAUCUUUUAGUUACUGUAUUCCACAAAAUUAUCACAACUGGUCAUCAGAGACUGCAACCGUUAUUCGACUGUCUGCUGACAAUUCUAGUCAAUGUUUCGCCGUAUCUCAAAACCUUAUCUAUGGUGGCGAGUACAAAACUACUGCAUCUUUUGGAGGCAUUUAGUACGCCAUGGUUCCUUUUCUCAGCAGUCACCAAUCACCACUUGGUGUUCUUUCUGCUCGAAAUCUUUAACAAUAUUAUUCAGUAUCAAUUCGACGGGAAUAGUAAUCUAGUGUACACUAUAAUACGCAAGCGACAAGUAUUUCACGCGCUCGCAAACCUACCCAGUGAUUGUACUACGAUCGCAAAGUCUCUUAACAAGAGACAGCGUCGUCAUAUGCCUGCAAGCACGUCUAACGAAAAUGUCAGCGAAACCGCGAUGGAAGGAUCGCAUCCCGCACAACCCGCCGAACCCGGUACUUUGAAGGCGUCGCUAUUGGAGACUCCUGGUAUCGAGAAAAUGACAGAGAAAGAAUCGGCGCAUCCAUUAAGCCCGUCAGCCAACAUCGAUAUUGGUAAAUCUAUUGGUAAUCUAUCAGAGAGUAAGACAGAUAUCGCGGAGGAAUCGAUGAACGCGACCAAAAAUUCUGUAGUUCCGAAGGGUGGCAUUCGUGUAGCUGAACAAGUGAAUGCCAAUGUGGAUAACACGAAUCAAUGGGUGCCAUCCAGCGAGUGGGUAUGGCAAUGGAAGAGCAAGCUUCCGCUACAGACUAUUAUGCGACUGCUCCAAGUUCUUGUGCCGCAAGUCGAGAAGAUCUGCAUUGACAAGGGACUGACAGACGAGAGUGAAAUCUUGAAGUUCCUGCAACACGGCACCCUGGUCGGCCUACUACCGGUGCCGCAUCCUAUUCUCAUCAGGCGGUAUCAAGCUAACGCCGGUACGACCGCAUGGUUCCGUACAUACAUGUGGGGCGUUAUAUAUCUAAGAAAUGUCGAGCCUCCUAUAUGGUACGACACAGAUGUCAAGUUAUUCGAGAUUCAGAGGGUCUAGGUAGCAAGAGACGCGUUAUUAUUCGCGCUCGAAAUACUAUUUUAUUGGCAGUGCGCAGAAAGGUGAGUUUCGUGGAACUCAUUAUUGUGUACGAUACAGAGCCGUUCCUAUAAAUAUUAAUUAAAUUUUCAAGAACAAAAUGUGACACGCUUUUGUAUAAGAACUCGAAGAGAUAUAAAACUUAAUUUAUUCUCAUACUCUUAAAAUAAAUAAGUUAAAAUAAAGAGAUAAUUAGAAAUGUGGAAUAAAUUUUUUCGGGGUCUAAAAAAAUGUAUUACGAGAUCAUUAGAAUCCUAGAAUUUCAAUUAAUUGAAAUUCAACUCAUUGUCUCUUUCGAGAUUAUUGAAAUGGUUUCAUUUAAAUAAUCUCAAAAAAUUUAAUAAUUUUAAAAAAUACAUUUUUAAUAAGCAAGAAACGGAAAGAAUCAAAUAUCUACUUUGAUUGAUGGUUAUACAAAGAGACAUGUAACAAGACAAAGAGCGAUGUUGACAAAGAACGAGUUGAAUCAUAUGCACGCUUCAUCUCGUUUUCGAUUACUAUUUACAUGGCAAGAGCCUCCAAAAUACUUUCAUCUUGAUGUAACAUACAUAAACCGUGUACAAGAUUGUAAGCGUAGUUUAAAAUCGAUAUCAUAUGAUUUAUUAUUAUUAUUAUAUCCCGAAGACUGUAAUCUCUCAUUUGUAUCAUAGUAAUAGAUAUACCGUUAAUUAUAGUGUGGAAAAAGCGUGUGUAUAUCGUUGGUCUUAAGGAAAAAUACACUCAUUAAAUUAGGCUAGCAGAGAUAAUGAGAAAAGCUUAUGCGCUGACUAUAAAUAAAAAUUUAUAUUUUAAACUUUGCUUUUACAUUUAGCAUUUGUUUUAUAUAUAUAUA